AUGCCUCCAAAGAGAAAGGCGACAGAGACCGCCGGAAACAAGUCUAAACGUCCAACACCCGCCUCUACCCCGGUUCCAGAUAUUUCUAGCAGCGAUGAAUACUCGGACAACCAGGAUGAUGAUGACGACGAUGAUGUUCCAGCGCAGAACAAUCUCAAAGAGGUUGUUAGCAAGUUCUCUCUGGAGUCAUACAGCAAAAAAUCGCAACUCGCCAAGGUCGAUCCCCGAUUUGGCUACAAAGAUAUGUCGUCGUUGCCGUUGAAGGUCGACCACUAUAACCGCCCGCUAUGGAUUGAACCGCUGAAAGGCACAAUCACAUUGGAGAGCUUCUCCCCGCUGGCAUCCCAAGCACAGGACUUCCUCACUACCAUCGCCGAACCCCUCUCACGUCCGCAACAUAUCCAUGAAUACCGUUUGACUGGACAUAGUCUUUAUGCGGCUGUGUCGGUUGGUCUGAAACCUAAUGACAUCGUUUCUUUCCUGGAUCGUCUUUCGAAAACUCCUCUGCCUGAGACUGUUCGAGAUUUCGUUAUGGACUUCACUAAGUCUUAUGGAAAAAUCCACAUGGUCCUGCGACACAACCGAUACUACGUGGAAACAGCCGACGCUGAAAUGCUGCAGAGCCUGUUGAAGGAUGAAGUUAUCGGCCCACAAAGAAUUAAUAUUCAAGAUGGAAUUAUUAAACGUGCGGCUCCGAAGAUGGGCGCGCUCGUCAUUCCUGGAACCAAGGAUGCGGCUGGUAUUCGAGAGACUGGGAAUCAGCAGAACGCUGCUGCGCCCCCGACUCGAGACUUGAAUGCAGGUGCAGAUGCAGAUGAAGAAGCGGUUGAUUAUGGAAUCGAUGAUGUCGGUCCCAGCGAGGAAAUUACAUACGCUUUCGAAAUCCCACCGGCUGGAGUUGAGAUUGUUAAGGCUCGCUGUCAAGCGAUUGGAUGUCCCGCUCUCGAGGAGUACGAUUUCCGUGAUGAUCAUGAGAAUCCCAAUAUCGAUAUGGACUUGAAACCAGCUGCUCGCAUUCGAUAUUACCAAGAGAUGAGUCUCAGUAAGAUGUUCGGUAACGGACGCGCAAAGAGUGGUAUCAUCGUUCUUCCUUGCGGCGCUGGCAAAACCCUGGUCGGUAUCACUGCCGCAGCGACGAUUAGGAAAGGUACAAUCGUUCUUUGCACGAGUUCCAUGUCCGUAGUUCAAUGGCGAAACGAGUUCUUGCGGUGGACCACAAUCGAUCCCGGCGAUAUCGCCAUUUUCACAUCUGAUCAUAAAGAAAAGUUCAAGCGGUCCACUGGAAUUAUCGUCUCGACUUAUUCCAUGGUGUCACAGACUCGAGCUCGCUCUUACGAGGCUCAGAAGAUGAUGGAUUGGCUUCAAUCUCGGGAAUGGGGUUUGAUGAUUCUUGACGAGGUGCACGUCGUGCCCGCUUCGAUGUUCCGAAAGGUGACAUCUGCGAUCGCCGCACAGAGCAAACUGGGUCUUACUGCAACUUUACUUCGUGAAGAUGACAAGAUCAAGGAUUUGAAUUUCCUGAUUGGACCCAAACUGUAUGAGGCCAAUUGGAUGGAGCUUGCUGCACAGGGUCAUAUUGCCAAGGUUCAAUGUGCCGAGGUCUGGUGUCCUAUGUCCACUGAAUUCUACUCGGAGUAUCUGCGAGAGAGCUCAAGGAAACAGGCUCUGCUUUACAUCAUGAACCCACAUAAGUUCCAGGCAUGCCAGUUCUUGAUUGAAUAUCACGAGAAGCGCGGUGACAAGAUCAUCGUCUUUUCCGAUAACGUUUAUGCGCUGGAACGCUAUGCGCUCAAACUGAACAAGGCAUACAUUUACGGAGGAACUCCACAGAAUGAGCGAAUGCGUAUUCUGGAAAACUUCCAGCACAACGAGCAGGUGAACACCAUUUUUCUUUCCAAAAUUGGUGACACUUCGCUUGAUCUUCCCGAGGCUACCUGCCUCAUUCAAAUUUCAUCCCAUUAUGGUUCGCGUCGUCAGGAGGCUCAACGUCUGGGUCGUAUUCUGCGGGCUAAGCGUCGUAACGACGAGGGCUUCAAUGCUUUCUUCUACUCGCUUGUGUCUAAAGACACUAGUGAGAUGGUCUACUCCGCUAAACGUCAGGCUUUCCUCAUCGACCAAGGCUAUGCCUUCAAAGUCAUCACCGCGCUUCACGGCAUCGAUGAAUAUGAAGGUCUGUCCUUCUCGACACCCGCUGAACGACGUGAACUUCUCCAAGAAGUCAUGUUGCAAAAUGAGUCUUCUGGCGAUGUGGAGCAGGUGAAUGAUGAUCUAUUCUCGAUGCGCUCGGGUGGGCGUAAGAAGAAGCCUACUGCCAAACGUACUGCUGCAACUCUCAGUGAUAUGGCCGGUGGUAAUGAUAUGGCUUACAUCCACUACAAAACGAAGGAGGGCCAGUCCAAGAAGAAGCAGCCUUCCUCAAAACUGUUCCAGGGCUUCAAAAGACAACGUUUACUGCGCCAGAAGGAACGAGAGGACGCUGCGAAGGAAAAUAGCAGAUGA